UCCUCAUAUCUAUAUAUACACACACACAGUUCACUAUUACACUCAACAUCUCAAACUACUUAACACCAUUAAAUAAAAAGAAUGAAGGUCUUGUUUGCAACAUUGCUGGUUUGCUCUCUUCUACUAUGUUCCUCAAUUUUGGAACCAGUCAUGGCACAGCCUCGGUCACCUUCAUGUGCGGGGAAAUGCAAGGCGAGGUGCAGGAAAGCAGCGGUGUGGGAGCGGUGUUUCAAGUACUGUGGGAUAUGUUGCGAAAAGUGUAAAUGUGUGCCAUCGGGAACUUAUGGGAACAAACACGAGUGCCCUUGCUAUAGAGACAUGGUCACCAACAAGGGCAAGCCUAAAUGCCCUUGAACUCACAUUUUCUCUCUUAAUUUCAAAAUAAUAAUGAUGAUGAUGAUGAUGAUGAUGUGUAGAGAUUUCCAUGGCAAGACAUGUAUUUAUAUGUUCAUGAAAAUAAUUGUUCUUGCUAUUUAA